AAUCCCAAAGAACUUGAACCUUACAUCACCGAAGUACCUGUGGCAACAGAUCUCAUAAAAAAAACUAAAAGCAGUGCGACAAAGAUGGCAUCACCACCUACACGAUUCAGUGCACUUCUCGAACAGCUAUCGCAUUCCAUCACCAUUCAUCGAGGAGCCCCCUUCUCCGUUCGAGCCCGAUAAGUGCGCGUUCGUCCACUAAGGUAGGUAGGUACGUUACAUAGCCUAGAACUGCUGAUAACAACGCAGGAAUGGUACGGAAAACUGGAACCCACCAAUCGCCGAACCACGUAUUCAGUUUGUAAAGCUCGCUCCUUCGUGUCACAUCGAUUGACGGAACGAUCCUCGGUUAGCCGCGCGUCUGAAAUGAUCAUGUCCUCGACAUAUCUCCGCUUCCGGUUUUGAUUGGUUCGAUCGUUCGUUCGUUCGCUCGCAGAAACUGCGCCGCAAAUCCGCCCGCGUGUAUGCGAGUGUGUCGCGAUGGGCCAUUCCACGUCGAAGGAACGCUCCAACCCGAACAACCCGUGGGAAGCGGAAAUUGCCCGGAAGAAACGUCGCGAGCAGAAUGCCAAGGAGCGAGCUGCCGAACUGAAGCGGCUGGAGAAGCAACGGAAACGGGCCGAGAAGGAGGCCAACCGACGGAAGAACGACAAGAAGAAACGGAAAUCGAAACUCGAAGAGCUCAAGGACACUGAACCGCCUCCGAUUGUGCGCAAAUCGAAGGCCCUGCUCGAGGAGAGCGAUUACGACUCGGAAGCGAUCCGACGGAUGAAGGAUCAAUUGGCGUUCAACAGCGAUAUCUUCGUGCUGAAUCAACUGCUGCUGGGGGUGCAAUUCUACGGAAACUAUGAAAGAGACAUGUGGGACGCGGUGGAAAGGAACCGUCGGGAGGAGAACGAUCGUAACGGCAAGAUAUCACGACACUGCAAAACGGUAAUCCUGCCCGAUCGACUUGAGGAAGCGGUCGAUCAGAGGGUGAAGUUCUUGGCCAAACAUGGACCCCAUAAGAACGCGCUACAGCCGUUACACACACAGACCUGCUACGUCAUUCACGAAAACAUUGAGAUUUCCAACCCUGGAGAGACUUCGGUCUACAGUAUCCUAACCGACGCACCGGUGUACAAACUGGAACUGGAAGAUGGGUUUGAUGAGAAAAUCGGCGGUAAACGGAGAAGUGCAAAUGCCCACCACGGAUACGUGAAGCUUAAAAGUGUUGAGUACAUCAAGCCCAACAAUCCAUCACCCCUGGAUGUCAUUGAUAGAGCUAACGCAGCUAUCUAUGGGGAGUCCAGUGGAGUGAAUAGGAACAUGACGAAGCAACGAAAUGGGAAGUCCAGUAGCACUAGCGAAAGUGACACAAUGGAUGAGGAAGAUGAUGAUGAGGAUGAGGUUAAUGAUGUACCGAUCGUCAACUUCGGUAAGCUUAAGUUUAGAGAUAGUAUUGCUAUUAAAAUGCCCAAGUUGGCGAACGGAGGAGGAAUCUACGGAACGAACUCAUUGCUGAAUCCUUCGACCUCCACGAGUUCAACAUCUCCUCCAAGCAGUGAAUACGAUUACGCGUAUAUAACGGCGAUCAACACGCAUCAACCGCUCAGUGUGAUGAAGAGUGUGAACGACGAUCAACCCCUCAGUACUACAGUGUUGCCAGAUUACUGCGUAACUACGAUAAACUGUUCGUCUGAACUGAAUCAGGGUUACUACUCGGACGACGAGUCAGACGCCGAUAAACUACUGUAUCUAGCUAAAAAUGGUCUUCCAAUGAAGUCUACUCCGACGGAAUACAUAACUGAACGGAAGCAGUAUCUGAAUUCCAAAGGAUUCCUAGCCUAUUUCAUUAACCUUUUCCAGGAUACGUUGGCCUACGACCUAGGUAUCAAGAGAGAAAACCUAGAUAAUGCGACCUGGAAAGGUGCCAUAAUUUACUGCGACCAGUGGGAAAUCGUUCCGGCCAUUGUUUGUCCAUGGCCUCGUGAGGCUUCCGAGUGGAUCCAACGCAAGCGCGAAGUAAAGAUCAACCCUUUGACCAAGCAAAAGUUUCAAUGGCCUACGGCGCCAAUGAUCCAGAAGGUAAAGUCCUUCGGAUGUCACGUCAUCCCCACUGGAUACGCCCCCAAAGUAGGCACCAACCGUCAUCGGCAACUGGAAUGGAAAAUAGUCUUUCCGGAAGCAGAACGCUACCUGGAAAGCUGCCUCACUAACACCCACGUCAAGAUCUACAUGCUCACCAAACUGUUACUCAAGACGUUUGUCGAUCCUGCCCUCGUCACCAACAUGAACAUGUUCGGCAACGAACAUCUGAGGGCGCAUCUCUUCUGGCAAUGCGAAAGCAACUACGCUGCCUGGCCCGAGGACUACGUCGGGGAAGCCUUGCUACGCUUUCUGAACGGGCUCCUGGACCGCAUCAAGACCCACAAACUUCCGGAUUACUUCCUACCCAGCAGGAACUUGUUCGAAAACAUCCCGGAGCGGGUUCUGGUGGAGUUGCACAAACGAAUCUUCCGGAUCACCGAGAACCCCGUCAUGCAUCUGAUGAUAGCCCUAAGAAACAUGAAACUGCCCGGAGGUCAGACCACGUUCUACCCGAAGCUGAAGAUCAAACGAAUCUACUCAGUGCUGAUAAUUGACAAUCCGUUGAAGAUUGUCAACCCUCGAUUCCGAGACGAGAAUGAAAACUUGGCGGCCGAAGAUUCCGCCACAGAAGACCAAGAAAAGGAGGUGGCCGUCGGAUCGAUCGCCUACUUCAACAAGCAGGAAGUCGAGUCGCGAAAGCAACGAACGCGUAUCGUUCGAUUCAUGGAAGCCGAGAAGAAAAAGAUCGAACAGCAGGACGAACGGAGGGCGUCCACGGAUUCUAUCGAUUUGAUGUUCUUUUCCACUUUUCAGUUCAGCCCUCUGAAGCACAUGGAGAACCUCCGCCGACAGCUGAUCUACAACAUCUUCGUGCAGCACUUCAUCGAGAUGGCCCAGGUGUCGUACGUCUUCCGGGCGCUCAACCAGGGUCUGAUCUACCUGAAGCAAGCCGAGCGUAUCUGCAGCUUGCUCACCGAUGACCACGGCGUCGAAGAGUCUCGCCAGUUCCUGUCGAAGAUCUUCAGCCUGCGGAACGAGAUCCAGAAGGCGAUCAGCAAUGCGUCCUACCGGCCAGCACUGCCCAAACGGGCAAGUUCGUCGGUGCAGAGCCCACAGCAGCGCCGCAUUCGGAUGAAGUCACCCAAGCAGAAUGGACGCAAAGGUCGACCGUCGUACAGCAACGUAAGUCCGGAUGCCCUUUCGCCGGAGAACACCCCCAGGCAGACACCGGAGCGCAGCAGGAAACGCUCGGCACGGCAGGUGGCGACUACAGUGCAGGUUCACCACGCAGUGCGAACGUCUCCACCGACUUCGACGUCCGACGAGCAGGAGGACAUGUCCAGGUUGCUGGGGAACAUCACCAUAGGCGCGUAGAUUUAACGAACUAAGUUUUGUUUUUUAUGGAUUAAACUAAUAGCUUGAUUGAGUGAUUACACCUUGAGACCAAUUUCUGUGAUAUCGAAAAUGCUUUGUGCAUUGGUGGAGUGCUUUUGUAAAAUGUGGUAUGUAGUUUUGCAGAACCUAAUAUAUAGUUGACUUACAAAAUA